AUGAAGCUAGAAGAAAUCAUUAACACAGACGAUGCUGUUGCUGCUUUGACUGGACUUGAAGAAUUCGAACCUAUCCAGAUUCACUUGAAUGGAAAGAACAAGUACGCUGAUCUAGUGGACAAGUUAGAAGAGUAUUUAAAGAAUCCAGACAUUGAAGAAAUAAACAUGUUCUUAAAAAAGUAUAAGUUUGAAAAGGAAUUUCUGAAGCCUGACUUGUUAAGAAUUGUCUUGAGCGCAAAUAACUUCCACUUGCUUACUAAGUUUCAAUUUGAGACAACAAAAGAUCUAAUUGAUGUAAUACUCAAAAUCCGUUCUACUUUUCUCUUAACAACAGUUAUCUAUGAUUAUUGGUCAUUUUCUAUACAGAUGAGUUUAAAGCGUCCAAUUAUAUCAAAUUUACCCAAGGAAGAAGAAAAAGAAGAAGUUAAUGCUAGGGAUAAUGGUCCCGAUGAUGAUCCGGUUCUUAAAUUUGAUACAAAGUCUUCUGGGCAAUUUAGUUCUAGCACUCCUAUCAAAAGUCCUCUAGUUAGAAGUUUAUCCCAGCCUACAUCUGAAGAAUCCAGUGUAAAACGUACAAAAAGAACAUCAGGGUCACCUCUAAAGUCUGAACAUAGAGAUAAUGCAUUGAAAUCUUACAUUGGCUUGCUAUAUCCCGACUCAGAAGUAAUUGACUUUCCUGUAAAUGAGUUCAGUGAUCUUAAACUAAAGACAAUUCCUCUGGAGGGAAUAAGCAGGAGGUUACGCUUUGAAGUUCCAUCCACUUACACUGAAAUGGAUGUACAACUAGCUGCACAAAAAAAUAUCUUUGGUAUUCCAUCUCAUUAUAUUCUCAGGAAUACAUUGACUGGAGGGACUAGGUCUAUUACCAUAAAUGAGAAUAAAUUAGAAACACGGCCGGACUUGGAGAUUGAGUUAGACAAGGGUCUCAUUCCAAUUGAGAUCAAAAGGGAUUCAAUUAUGAAGAAUUUAGAUUAUUUUUAUGGCAAAACUUCUAUCAGGAAAAGAAUUAAUUUUCUAGAGAUUUACAGCCAGGGUGUCAGAGAGGCUCUCUGUUGUGGUAUAAACUGCUUUUUCCUAAGUGAUUAUACAACGACGUUAUUUGUCGAAUUCAAUUCAGUAGGUGAAUUUCAAGAAAUUGAAGGCUGUACCAUAACCAGGCCCUUAGUUGGAAGGAUUAUACGUAUUGAAGAAACUAAAGAUUCUGAAUAUUCAGCUAAUUUUCAUCUAUUCCUUCUAUUGAAGAAACUUCAAAAUGAAUAUAUUCAAAGGAGUAAAAUUUUACCAGACUUGCAAAAGUAUGACUGUCGUGAUAUCACUGUUACAUGCUUUUACCGAGUCAUAGAUGAUAUUAAUAAAGUAUUGUUUAAAAUGCCCCAAUCUACUCCGUUUGCAGCCAUUUCUGGAAAACUCUGCACACAAUAUGACAAUACACUGACCAUUAAUAUUGUGAACUCCAUUUUGUCUAAGAAUUUGCCAGUUGAUAUUUCUCCGUUAUUUCAAAAUGUAGAUUGAUUUAUUGAAGGAGUAUAAUUUUGAGGUGUCACAGUUAAACUGUUUACAUAAUAAGAGAUCCUUCAACCGAUUUCCGAGGUCUAGUUAAGAAAUAUCGCACUUCCGACCCUUGUCCUAAGUCGAUUUACGACAUUUACAGAAUUUGAAUCCUCACGAAAAAUUAUCC